AUGGCCGCGAUUGCGGCUUCUAGGAGCAGCUUCAUGGCUUUUGCUGCGUUUUCCAGGCGAAAUUCUCAGCUGGUAAAAUCGAGCGGAAAGCGGUUAUUUCUUAUUGACACGUUAGCCAUUGUUAGAAAAUUAGAAGGCCAAGGUGUACCCUCAAAGCAAGCUGAAGCGAUAACUGCUGCUAUAACUGAAGUCUUGAAUGACAGUCUUGAAAAUGCAUCACAAUCAUUUGUAUCUAAAGAAGAAAUGCAGAAAAAUGAACUGACUCAAGAAGCCAAGCUAUCCAAAUUCAAAUCUGAAGUGCAGAGCUCUCAGGGCAACCAUUUUUCUCUGCUGCAACAUGAGACUGAAAAACUUCGAAAUGAUAUAGAGAAGAUGCGCAGUGAAUUAAGAUAUGAGAUAGAUAAAGUCACUGCUGGGCAGAGGUUGGAUUUGAACCUUGAGAAGGGGAGAAUUAGGGAGGAACUGUCCAAUCAGAGUGCAGAAACUUCGAACCUGACCAACAAACUUGACAGAGAGAUUCAUGCCUUGAGAGCACAACUGGAAGCAGCGAAAUAUGAUGUGAUAAAAUACUGCAUAGGGACUCUUGUUUCAAUAUCUGCGGUUGGCCUCGCUGUUGUCCGCAUCUUGAUGUGAACAAGAUUGUGAUCCAAUUAAAAUUUGAUAAACUUGUCGGCAAAGGUUAAAAAAAACAUAAAAUAUUGGUUGAGGGCCUUGAAAGAGUGGAAUUUUAAUUAUGAAGACGUUGCACUCAUGUUGUGUCAGACGAAGAGUUGAAUACAAUUAUGGUUGUGGCUGAGCUAAAGUAAGCGGCGGCUCCCAAAUGGACCUUUUUUGAGCCCCGUUCUUUCGUUUCCAUAUUCUUUUGCUCAUUUAUUUGGAAUAAUUGCUUCAUUUGUACAUUCUCUAGAUGAGGCGACCUGUAUUAUAUUCUCACCAACUUGUAUUUUUCAUAUUCUAGAUCAACAGGAUGUUAAUCCAAUGUUAAGCUCCGCCUUGAAGUGCUCUGUACAUGUACUUUUGAAUCCUAUUGGAAGAAAUACAAGUCUGUCUUAU